AUGCAGCUCACGUUGGCACUCGUCGUCCUGGUUGCUGCCGUCACCGUGGCCGUCCCGGUACCGGACAAGAACGCCAAAACGCUCAAGUUCAGCAGUGCCAUGAACUUGGACAGCUACAACUAUCAGUACGAGACGAGCAACGGCAUCUCGGCCCAGGAGACCGGCGAGCUGAAGAACUUUGGAAGCGAGGCAUCGGCGCUGGCAGUGCGCGGCACCUUCAGCUUCACGGCCGACGACGGCCAUGUGUACACCGUGAACUACAUCGCCGACGAGAACGGGUUCCAACCGGAAGGGGCACAUCUCCCGAAGAAGUAA